AUGCAAGACAAUCAUGGCAAGGGCAAUGUGAGAGGUGGUGGUUUUGGUGAGGGAAAUGUGGAAGGAAUUGAGGAUGGUGAAAACAAAGAGAGAAUUGAAGAAGAUAGUAAGAAGACAAAGUAUUCAAUGGACAUUGAUUACUUAAUUGCUGGAAAAUCUAAAAUGAUGAGAAAAGAAAAGCAAACAGUUGAUGAGGAUGAUGAUGAUGAGUUUGUUGUCAACGUAGAGAGCAAGGAGAUUGAGUACAAACUUGAUGAUAAUUUAAGUUACUACAGCACAAAUGAGGAGGCUAAUGUAGAACCUGUUAGGAGAGUAAAGUAA